AAACAGACGCCUGAAAAAACUGCCACAAUUAAAAUUAGUGUGUCCCAUGGCCAUACCAUUCUUGUCGUAGAAAACUAGAGAGAGAAAGAGAGAAGGGUGUUAUUGAGAGAGACAGAGAGGGGGUGGUCUCAAGAUCUUGCCAGAUCGGAUCAGAAUCUUUGAUGGGACGGGAGCUCACCGAUGUGCAUAUGGAGAAGCCAAAUAUGGUUGUAGUGUCUUCAAAUGGCGUUUCUCAUGGAAAGGCUCAUGUUUCUCCAAAAAAUUCCGAAGAAAACAUUGAUCAAAAGGAAUAUGAUGUCAAGGAGUGCACUGCAGAGAAGUCGGUUGAGAUAUGUGAUGAGAAGCAAGAUGUGCUAGGUGUCAAAAGCACUAAUUAUGACGCUGAACUUUCUAGGGUAAAAAAUGAUAAUAUUGGAGUUCAGAAGUCAAGUGAUGAUGAAAUUUCAAAAACUUCUGCACCAAAAUCUGGUGGUGCUGGAAAUGGAAGUCCAAAUCACAUUGUUUCACAGCCAUUUUCUCCGGCAACCGAAAAGCGUACUGGUGUGAACUGUUCAGCAAAUGGCAACAGCACGCACUCUCCUAAUGCUACUAAAAAUUCACAGCCCAACUCACCUUCAACGGCAAGGAAGCCUUUGCAUCCAGAUAACAAAAAGCAUAUUGAUGAAGAAGAUGCUUGGUCUGUUGCUUCCUCUACUGCUACAUCUGUACGAACAGUUAAAUCCAGAGUAACUAUUGGAUCAGCUCCCACGUUUAAAAGUGCAGAGCGUGCAGAGAGACGGAGGGAGUUUUACUCGAAGUUGGAGGAAAAACACCAAGCUCUGGAGGUGGAGAAAAGCCAGUGUGAAGCAAGGCAGAAGGAAGAGCAAGAGGCAGCCAUCAAGCAGCUUAGAAAGAACAUGGUAGUUAAAGCAAAUCCAGUGCCUAGUUUCUACUAUGAGGCACCUCCGCCAAAGGCUGAACCUAAGAAGUUGCCUCUGACUCGACCUAAAUCACCAAAACUUAGCCGGAGAAAGAGUUGCAGUGAUGCAGUCCACGCAUCUCCCGAUGAAAAGGGAAAAUGUUGCACUCGUGUCCACCGCCACAGUCUUGGUACGCAUAAGGAAGAAUUCACUGCGGGCAACAAUAACAAAAAUAAAGGUUAUGUCAAUGGACAGAAAUCACAGAAUGGUAAUGGCAAUUACAAGGUCAAAGACCGUUCAAAGCCGGAAAAUGGUACAAGAAAGGCCACUUCUGUCAAGAUCACUGGGCAGCGGGCUGCAGAUAUAACUGUUGAGUCAUGAACACCUGGUUUUACCGACUCAAAAGGGGGGAGAAGGCGGUGGUGUUCGAUAUAUUCUCUGGUUUAUUUUUUGUUUUAACGUGAUUGUAUAUGUUUUGUAAGUUAUAUUGGUACACAUCCUGUGAUAUAUGGAAAAUGAGUCAUGAUUCUCUAAUAUCAGACAAUGUCUUAUUGUAACUAUUGUAGUAAUCAGACAAUGAUUCCCAACUUCAUGUUUGGAUUUUGAUAUGUAACUCUGUAAGAACUCUCUGGC